AUGAAUGAAAUGCUUAUAUUUGGGCACAUUUCACACAAAUUUGUCACAUGUUUGUGUUUUUCUCACAGGAACUAACCUACCAGGAGUUCUUCACGCAAGGUGACCUGGAGAAGGCGAUUGGCAUCCCUCCACUGGAGAUGUACGACAAAGAGAAGGCAUUUAUUUCUGAAUUGCAACUUAAAUUUCUGGAUCACAUCGCAAGACCUGUAUAUCAUAAAGACCUACGCGACGCAGUGUGGGGUGAGCAAUGGGAAGAAGUAAGACGCAUUAUUAGACGCCAACCUCUACUCGUAAAUGAGGAAUAUCUCGGCUGGUCGUUAUUAUAUCAGAUUGUGUGGCAAAGCCCACCACGUGAUGUCGUCGCUGGGAGUUUGAAAUCAGCGACGGCAGAAGCCGUGGACUACGUGGACAACUGGUACCUUGGUGAUUGUACUCUACAUCGCAUUGCAAAACUCGGCUAUGCACAGGAAAUGAGAGAAUCUCUGAUGAUUUCUGCACGCAAUGUCAAUUUGCAAGACAAGCGGCAGUGGCAAGAGACUCCACUUCACAAGCUGUUAAAAACCAAACAUAUAUUCAGAGAUCACCUUGACAUUGCAAGACUUCUUUUGGAUGCCGGGGCUGAUGUAAAUAUAGAGAAUAAGGACAAUGAGACGCCACGUGACCUCUAUAUACAGAAUGAAUGUGAGGAGUAUGAUUCUACAAAUAGAGAAAAACACAAGGAAGAAGUCUUGCAACUUCUGCAAGACUAUGUAGUUCCAGAGGUAAUUUUAGCCAGAGGCAGUGAGGCUCUGAAGGUUUUUAAUGAGGAAUUACAAGAAGGAAGGAUCACGGUAAACCAUGCACGAUUAAUGGUGACAGGCAAAGAGGGGGUGGGAAAGACUUGUUUGGUAAACACUCUGCUUGAAAGAACAUUUAAUGAAGAAGAACCAUCGACUGAUGGAAUAGUGUUGACCACUGCUUUUCAAACUACUGAUAUAAGUAGUGUUUGGAAAGAGGCAGAGGACAUGGACGAAUGUGAUCGGAUCAAAGAUAUAUUUGAUAAUGCAUUAGAAAGUAAAGUUGCCGAGAAACUGAAACAAAAAGGAAGCCAAGUAGAGGCAGCUGAACCAGUACAGGCAUCAGCAGGAAAGUCAACACCUGUACCUCCACUUGUACAUGCCCCUAAAAAAUCAAAUGUCUUUGUACGUGUAUUUCAGCGGUUAACUAAAAAAGAUGGUCGCAGGAAACCAGUUACCUCCUCUACACCUGUAUUGCCAUCUGUGCCUGUUCCAGUUGAGGUAGGACAUAAUAUAGUAAUAGUAUGUGUGUUCAGAGUGUCUUCAACAGAUGAUCAGAUAAAUUAUUACAACUGUGGGAUUUAAUGACACGUUUUUAGUAGAUUUGCAUUAUUUCAGCCUUCGUCACUG